GCAUAAUAUUUAUGCUCAUAACCUUAAAAAUUUUGAUACACGUGGAAUGUGGAAAGUUAAAAUUUGAAUUUUUUUUUUUUAUUAUUAUGUGAAAUAUUAAUAACAAAGUGUGUGAAAGUGAAUGAAGUGGAAAAUAUAGCUUAAGAAUAUCUUUCACAGAAGAAUAUGAGUUUUCAAACGCUACUUCGGAGAUUUCGAUAUACCUCAAGAGUUCAAUUUUUCUCCACAAAACCGGACUUCACAUCGGAUAGAUACAAAGUAGAAAGAGGGCCGUAUGCAAAUAUUUGCAAUGAUCAUGUAACAUUUUUCAAUAACUUGCUUGGACAAAACAGAGUUAUCACAGAUGCAGAAGAAUGCGAGGGAUAUAAUAUAGAUUACUCAAAAAUUGUCAGAGGAAAAAGUAAAAUUGUAUUGAAACCGAAAACUACCAACGAAGUAUCUGCCAUAUUAAAAUAUUGUAACGAAAAUCGUUUAGCUGUAUGCCCUCAGAGUGGAAAUACAGGUCUCGUUGGCGGUAGCGUGCCAGUUUUUGAUGAAAUUGUUAUUUCUAUGAAACUUAUGAAUAAAAUUAUUGAAACUAAUGAACUAGCAGGAGUGCUGACUUGUGAAGCUGGCUGCGUGCUCGAAGAUCUGGAAAAUCAUUUAGCGACAGUAGAUUUAAUGAUGCCGAUUGAUCUCGGCGCUAAAGGUAGUUGUCUGAUCGGUGGCUGCGUAUCUACAAAUGCUGGUGGUUUAAGACUUCUUCGUUAUGGUAAUCUUCAUGGAAACAUUUUGGGUCUCGAAGCCGUAAAAGCAAAUGGGAGUGUGGUGGAUUGUUUAAACACACUGAAAAAAAACAAUACCGGUUAUCAUCUAAAGCAUUUAUUUAUCGGAUCUGAGGGAACGCUAGGGAUUGUAACGAAAGUCGCAAUUCAAUGUCCACCUCUUCCUACAGCUGUCAACGUUGCGUUUUUAGGAUUAAACAAUUUUGACAAAGUAUUGAAAGCGUUUCGUCUAGCUAAAAAAGAAUUGGGAGAGAUUCUGUCUUCGUUCGAAAUGAUGGACAAAUUGUCAUUAGAUGUUUCCAUUGAAACUUUUGGUUUAAAAAGUCCAUUGACAACAAAGAUCGACGGCCAUGACUUUUAUGUGUUGAUGGAAACUUCUGGUAGCAACGUAAAUCACGAUGAAGAAAAACUUACUUCUUUUGUGGAAAAGGCGCUUGCCGACGAUAUCAUUGAAGACGGUACUCUGACUUCUGAUCCUACUAAAAUUAAAAAUAUAUGGGCACUAAGGGAACGUAUUAGCGAAGGAAUCUUACGAGAUGGUUAUGUUUUCAAAUAUGAUAUUUCAAUACCUCUUCCUUGUUUUUAUAAAGUGAUUGAAGUACUCAGGGAACGUAUACGUGAUCCACGUAUUAUAAGAAUCAGUGGUUACGGACAUUUAGGCGAUGGAAACAUUCAUGUACAAGUUUCGAUACCAUCAUACGAACCUGAUAUAGCAUCACAAUUACAACCUUUCAUUUUCGAAUAUGUAUCUAAACUUCGUGGUAGUGUAAGUGCUGAACAUGGUAUAGGAUUCACAAAAACAAAAUAUCUCCAUAUGAGUAGAACUUCUUCGGAAAUUGAACUCAUGCACGAACUGAAAAAAAUGAUGGAUCCAAAUGGUAUACUUAAUCCGUAUAAAGUAUUGUAUCCACUAUAAACUUUUAUAUAAUAAUUAGGAUAAUAUUAUAUAGUAAUAAUAACAGAAGUACAAUCCAAGCAUUCCUGUACUUAUGUUUAAAUUUAAUAAUGUAAUAGAGAAUAUAUAUAUAUAUAAAAUAUUUUUAGUAAUA